AUGUUUGGCGGUGGUCCUCAUGGCUGUGGAGGUCCACAUGGUGGUGGUGGUCCACAUGGUGGUGGCGGUCCGCAUUGUGGUGGUGGACCACAAUGGUGGUGGUGGUCCACAUGUUGGUGGCGGUUCCACAUUCCACAUGGUGGUGGUGUUCCACAUGGUGGUGGCAGUCCACAUGGUGGUGGUGGUCCACAAGGUGGUGGUGGUCAGCAUGAUGGUGGUCCACAUGUUGGUAGUGGUCCGCAUGUUGGCGGUGGUCCACAUGGCAGUGGUGAUCCACAUGGUGGGCAUGGUGGUGGUCAGCAUGGAGUUGGUGGUCCGCAUGGUGGUGGUCUGCAUGGUGAAUGUGGUCAUCAUGGUGGUAAUGGUCCGCAUGGUGGGGUGGAGAAAGAAGGUGUCUCCCGCUCCAAUUGGGAGAGUUCACAUGUAUCCAUGUACACAUAA